UCUGGUGAUGUGGUGAUGUUUCCUUUAUAACAACAGUCACUAUAGACUGAACCGAGGACCUCAGAGAGAAGAAGAGAGACAAUUUAACCAAGACACUUGAAAUGGAUCAUCAUAAUUCAACCUAUUUGCUGUGUCAUUGAACUUGGUUGAAAAUCUCUGUUAUCAUGCUUAUAAUGUGUUUACACAAGUACCCAUUGUGUUAUAAGUCAAUCUGCAGAUAGAUUGUUUGACUACACCUUAAUAACAUUUUCAGAGUGCACUGAAAAGCCAGUCUUUACCAUUCUCCCUCAUUCCCUCUCCACCUGGCUCGUUAAAUCACAGUCAGCCAUUAUUUGCAUGCUAUGCCUUAAAGGACGUAGUUUGAUUUGCCUGUCACACAAACGUGGGUAAAUCCACACCCAACGGCUAUGCACUGUGGACUAGCCACACAUUUUAAAACCUUGGAAGUAAGCCUCAGGAGCCACAAUGGCCGCCAUUCAAUUAAGAAAACUUUUCAAACGGUUCAAUUUUGUCAAAUUCUUUUCUGUGCUGUUGCUCGGAGUGGUGUACUUGACAUAUGUCCUUAUUGGAGGGGUCAUUUUCUGGAAGCUGGAAGGAGACCAGGUAAUGAGUGACAUUGCUCGGCUGGAGGUGAAGAAAGAAAAAAUGCUCCAGAUUUAUCCAUGUCUUGGACAAAGUGGUCUGGAGGAACUGGGAGACUUUAUGUUGGACAUAACUAGGAAUGGGAUGAGUCUGAAAAGUAACAAAACAGCCGGAGGUUUCUGGAAGUUCACCAGCUCGGCAGUGUUUGCUGCCACCGUGGUGACAACUAUUGGCUAUGGAAACAUCACCCCUAGUACGUGGACCGGUCAGAUGUUUUGUGUGAUCUUUGCCAUUUUUGGAAUUCCACUUAACAUGGUGGUCCUGAACCAAGUGGGCAAGUACAUGCUGGCCAUCGAAAGAAAUUUCUGCACCUCGAUUGCGAAAAAGAGCAGCUACCAGAAAUGUGUUCUGGUGUCACUCCACUUUGCAUCAUUCAUUGGCUCGGCAGUCCUCUAUUUGGUGGUCCCUAUGGUAUUUUUUAAGACAUAUGAAGGCUGGACCUAUGCACAGGGCAUCUACUAUUGCUUUAUCACACUCAGUACAGUAGGCUUUGGAGAUUUUGUUGCAAAUUAUAAUCCUAACAUUGAUUUCCCUGACUGGUAUGGCUGCAUCUUGGGAGUUUGGAUAUUUUUUGGCAUGGCCUGGCUGGCUUUACUGAUCAAUCACACUAUUGAUCUUCUGGGGCACUUAGAAGCUUACCUUAAAUCUGGGAAGACAACUGAUAAGACAAACAGUCCACAAGACCAGGAACUACCCGAGACACAACAGAAAGAGCUGGAUGAAGAGAAAACAGAUGAUGGCUGUAAAUGAUCUGUUCAUACAGGACAAUUUGGUUAAGGCCAACACACACACACACACACACACACACACACACACACACACACACACACAGACACACGUUUACAGACGUACUGUUUAAUAUGAUGCAAAAAAUCUCACUUACAGUUUUUACAGUCUGUACACUUAGUAGUUAAGACAAUAUAUAUAUCAAUUACAAUACAUUACAUUAUACUGUCCACGUGCUCUUUGUCCACAAAGAUGCAUCGCCUAGUUUAAAAAAUGUAUAAACAAUGAAGGAUCAUUCCAGAUUUUGUAUUGUUUAGUCCAGGCCACUUUUCUGGCUCCCCCUUAUUAUCUUCCACUACAUUAACUGUGUUCUUACCACUAACCAACAAAAUGGCUGCG